AUGUCGAAGAGCCCGAAGGAGCUGAAUGAGGUGAAGGGUACCCAAGGUCAAAAGUCGCAAACCACCGGUCCUCAGAACCAGCGCACAUUCCUUGAGAAACACUGUGAUUUCUUCGACCCCGAUGGUGACGGACAGAUCUGGCCCAUGGACACUUUCUUUGGCUUUUGGGUCUUGGGCUUCUCUCUGCCGAUCUGCCUUUUCUCCGUCUUUGCCAUCCACUUUGCGUUCUCUUGGCCGACUCAGCACUGGUUUCCCAUCCCCGACCUGUUUUGGAGGAUCAAUAUCGACAGGAUCGGCAAGCAUGGGAGCGACUCAGGCGCAUAUGAUCACGAUGGAGGGUUCGACAAGAAUGCAUUUGAUAGGAUGUUCACAAGAAAUGCAAAAACGCACAAGGAUUUGUUGACAGGACGAGAACUUCUCGGCCUGAUGCUACAGAACAAGGUAAUUUAUGACCCGUUCGGCUGGUUUGGCGGUGCAUUCGAAUGGCUCUCGGUCUAUCUUCUUUUCUGGCCCAGAGACAACAUGUUCCGCCAAGAAGAUAUCAGAGGAUUAUACGAUGGCAGUACAUUCUACGAGAUUGCCCGAGAACAGAAGAAAAAGGGCAGGUACACGCCGCCUGGGUGGGAGGACACUGUUUCCGGUUUCCGGAAAUAG